AUGAACGAAGAUUUAUCAAUUGAAAAAAAGUAUCAAUUACUUUUAGAAGAGAAUCAAAGAUUAAAAAAUGAAAUCAAUGAAUUAAAACAAAAAUACGAACCAAAAUCUAAUAGGUAUUCAACAUCAUCACCUAUUGCUAUAUCAUCACCAAAUUUAUCAACUCUUAUAUCAACACCAACCACUUUAAAUGGUAAAAUCAGUUCAACAACAUCAACAUCAACAUCACCAUCACCAUCACCAUCAUCAUCAUCACCAACAUCUUCACCAACAUCAUCUACAACCACUAUUUCACCAUCACCAACAUCAUCUUCAACAUCAAUUGCAUUAGCAUCAACAUCACCAUCAUCGACAUCAAUAGCAUUAGCAUCAUCACCAAUAAAUAUAUCAUCACCACCAUCUUCACCAAUUUCACAUCAACCAAUAUCUGUAUCGCAUUCAAAUUCAUCAUCAGAAGAUUUAAUAGCUUCAUCAAGUAAUAAACAUUCUAAAAAAGAUCGUAGUAAUAGCAAUGAUAAAGAUAAAGAUAAAGACAAAGAUAAAGAUAAAAUCAAAGAUCAUACAGACUCAAAUAGUAAAGGUGAUAAAGAAAAAAGAAAAACAGGUAUGGGUAAAAAGUUAUUUAGUAAAUUAUUAGAUCCAACAAAGAAAUCAUCAGGUAGUAGUUUGAAUUUAUUAAGUAAUUCAAAUGGUGGUGGUGGUGGUGGUGGCAGUGGAAGUAAAAAAGAAACUGCUUCAUCAUCUUCAAUUAAUCAUCAAGAAUUAAUUAAUGGCACUGGUAAUGAAGCAGAUUUUAUAUAUCAAGAGAAAGGAUUAAGUACACCUUAUUUAAAUUUACCAAAAUUGGAAGUUAUACCAGUCAAUGGUGAUCGUACUAAAUUAUCCUAUUUCUCUGGACCAGAUUAUCAAAGUAGUACAAUACCAGUGACAUCCAUUGGUUCACCAAUGAUAAAAUAUCCAGCAACAUACAAUGACCGUUUAUAUUGUAUUUCCACAUCAACCUAUCCAUUCUUACCAAAUACAACCGAAAGAGCAGGUGACCCAAUCGCCGAUAGAUACACUUGUGCAGUUUAUAAUAAUAGAUUAAUUACAUGUUUAGCCGAUGGUUGUAAUUGGGGUCAAAAACCAAAAGAAGCAGCACAAAAUGCAAGUACAGCUUUCAUUGAUUAUGUUAUCUCAAAAAAUGAUGAUAUGACCAAUGUUAAAGAAGUUGGUAAAAUUUUAUUCAAUGCUUUCGAAUGUGCUCAUAAAUCAAUCAUGUUGGGUAAAGAUGAAUUUUGGGAAGCUGGCACCACUACAUUGUUGGGUGGGGUAUUAUUGGAAAUUAAUAAAGGCUCUGAUAAAUGGUCACCACAGUGGGAGUUUGUUUGUGCCUCUGUUGGUGAUUGUAAAGCAUAUCUAUUGUCACAGGGUGAAGUCACCGAUAUUACAGAGGGAAAUAGAAGCAAUUUGGACGCCAAGGAUUGUGGUGGUCGUUUAGGUCCACAUUUGGAACAAGGUAAACCCGAUCUUAGAAAUUUAAAUAUAUUUUGUGCCUCUGUCUAUGAUGAAGAUAUCAUUAUGAUCGUAUCCGAUGGUGUACAUGAUAAUUUAGACCCAAAACAUCUUGGUAAAACUCCAAAUGAUAUGAGUAAAGAGUUUAAUUUAAAUGGUGAAAAAUGGACAGAUGUCGAUUUCUCAAAGGCUCUAGUCGCAAAGAAUGCUUUCACCGCUUCUCUCUUGGAAACUUUAGCUGCUGAUUCAACAGAUCCAAAUGAAAUCUCAAAUCGUAUCCUUGAACAUUGUUGGAAUACUACUGUUGCUUCAAGAUUUUUCAUGGAAAAUAAUGCUGGUAAAAGACUACCAGAAGAUUAUUCAAAAUAUCCUGGUAAAAUGGAUCAUACAAGUAUAAUUUGUUUUAAAGUCGGUCAUUUUGGUCCAAAAAAUAAUUAUCCAACUGUCAUUGGUGGAGGUGUUGGUAGUGGUGUUAGUGUUGGUGGUGGUAACCCAACAAUUAUAAUCGAUCCUCAUAAUAAUACAAUUAGUGGUGAACCAUUUGUUCAACAAAAUAAUACUGGCACCACCUCUACAAGAGCUGAUUGGAUUAAAGUUUCACCAUCAAAUAAUAAAUAUCAUAACUCAUCUCUAAAGAAAACAAGUUCCGAAACAAAUGUUUUCCCAAAUAGUAAUAAUAAUGGUACCAUUGGUAGAGUUUCCAUUUCUGCUACAAGUACUCCUGAUCUUGGUUCUUUAAAAGUUAGUGAUGGUUCUUGCGACAGUGGUGAAGGUAGUAUUGUAAAUUCUUCUGAUUCAAGUCCAAGAUAUAAAUAA